UCUUAAUUUUAGUGUGCAGAAGUUCCAACGAACCCGUAAGCACUAGCGUCGUCGUUAUCCACAAACUCCGCCAAACAAACUACUCCUGCACGGCCCGCCAUCUCACCGUCGCCGCCCAGCGAUUCCGGCCUCCGUCUUGAGGUUUUUAACCCUUGCAAUGGCUCCAGAUUCUAGAGAUUAGCAUACCUUGCUUCAAGAUAUUCUUCGAUUUUUACUCUGCUCCUCCAUCGUCGCUUCGCCGUCCUCGCCGUCGCAAUUAGGGGGCGGAGAUACCUAAUCUUCAAUGGACGAAAUUCCGUCGUAAUCGAGUUAAAUUUCAACGAAAUUUCCUACACAAGCAAUUUGCAUCUGAUUGUCAUUCGUAGCUGCCGCUAAAGCAAGAAAUUCCAGACCGCGGCUUAAUCCGAUGCCUUCUUUCCGCGCUUUCCUCAACAGCCCCGUUGGCCCUAAAACAACUCAUUUUUGGGGGCCUGUUGCUAACUUUGGUUUCGUCGCUGCUGGGCUUGCAGAUGUGAGAAAACCCGCCGAUAUGAUUUCUGGGAGAAUGACGGCAGUUUUGUGCGUCUAUUCAUUGUUAUGCAUGAGAUUUGGGUAUAUGGUUCGGCCUCGAAACUAUUUGCUCAUGGGAUGUCAUGCUGCGAAUGAGACUGUUCAGCUCUAUCUUCUCUCUCGUUGGGCGAUGGGUCAGAGGAAGACUGUAAAAAAUUACAGCAACGAGUAGCUUCAUCUUCGUUUCAAUGGCGGUGGAAUGAAUAUGAUGCCAUUAUUGCUGUUUCGAAUCCCUUGCCUUUGGGGUUUGAUUUCUUUAUUAAUAAUUAAUUAAAAGACGACAUUGGUGACUUUAAUUUCGUAAUUUACUUGCUAAUAAGUUAUGCUUAUAUUUGACUUCACUCUUACAUAAUUAAUUUUUAAUUUGAAAAUAUAAUUGUGCGAA